CAGGCACUGCAGCCCAAAGGGUCCUGAACGCCACACACACACACACGUGUGCUGUAACCAUGGCGGACCUGCAGAUGAAGCUUCUCCGGAAGAAAAUCGAGAAAAGAAAUGUAAAGAACAAGGAGCGCAAACUACAGAACAAACGGACAGAAGACGAGGAGGCCGUGAACGGGCUGGAGGAGAAAUGUUGUGAGGAAGGAGCAACAGGUUGUAAGACAGACAGCAAGACAAAUCCGACUGAUCUACCACCGGAGGAGGAGAGCACAACUCCUCUGAAGAAAAAGGCGAAGAAGAAGAGAAAGCUGGCAGACACCGCUGAACCACCAGCUGAGAAGAAGACCAAAACAGUGAAAGAGGCAGAUGAAGAAGAUGAUGAUGAGGAAAAGGAGGAGGGAGCAGAUGAAGGUGAAGAACAGGCUGCUGACAAACCAGAGGGAACAUCAGAUGAAGAUGAAGAGGAAGAUCAACCUGAAUUACCUUCUGGUUUAACAGGUGCAUUUGAGGACACAUCCUUUGCCUCUCUUGCUGACCUGGUCAGUGAGAGUACUCUGAAAGCGGUGAAGGAGAUGGGCUUUGAACACAUGACUGAGAUCCAGCACAAAAGUAUUCGCCCCUUGCUGGAGGGGAGGGACGUUCUGGCUGCUGCCAAAACGGGUAGUGGUAAAACUUUGGCCUUCCUCAUCCCGUCUAUAGAGCUCAUCUACAAACUCAAGUUCAUGCCCAGAAACGGCACCGGUGUAGUGAUCCUUUCGCCCACACGCGAGUUGGCAAUGCAGACCUAUGGGGUGCUGAAGGAGCUGAUGACGCACCAUGUGCACACCUAUGGUCUGGUCAUGGGGGGCAGCAACCGCUCAGCUGAGGCCCAAAGACUGGCCAACGGUGUCAACAUCCUGGUGGCCACACCUGGACGUCUGCUGGACCAUCUUCAGAACACCCCUGGAUUCAUGUACAAGAACCUACAGUGUCUGAUUAUUGACGAGGCUGACCGUAUCUUAGAGGUGGGCUUCGAGGAGGAGCUCAAGCAGAUCAUCAAACUGCUGCCGAAGAAGAGACAGACCAUGCUGUUUUCAGCCACUCAGACCCGUAAGGUGGAGGACUUGGCCCGCAUCUCCCUGAAGAGAGAGCCCCUCUACGUCGGCGUGGAUGACAACAAAGACAACGCCACUGUUGAUGGCCUGGAGCAGGGUUAUGUGGUGUGUCCAUCAGAGAAGCGUUUCCUGCUGCUGUUCACCUUCCUGAAGAAGAACCGCAAGAAGAAGCUGAUGGUCUUCUUCUCGUCCUGCAUGUCUGUGAAAUUCCACUAUGAACUGCUCAACUACAUUGACCUGCCCGUCAUGGCCAUCCAUGGCAAGCAGAAGCAGACCAAACGUACCACCACCUUCUUCCAGUUCUGCAACGCUGACUCAGGCAUCCUGCUGUGUACUGACGUGGCAGCUCGAGGGCUUGACAUUCCUGAGGUGGACUGGAUCGUCCAGUACGACCCCCCAGAUGACCCCAAGGAGUACAUCCACAGGGUGGGUAGGACAGCCAGAGGCAUCAAUGGCAGAGGCCACGCACUCCUGAUUCUCCGACCAGAGGAGCUUGGAUUCCUCCGCUUCCUCAAACAGGCCAAGGUCCCACUGAGCGAGUUUGAUUUCUCUUGGAGUAAAAUCUCUGAUAUCCAGUCCCAGUUGGAGAAGCUGAUUGAGAAGAACUACUAUCUCCACAAGUCUGCCCAAGAGGCCUACAAAUCCUACGUGAGGGCAUACGACUCCCACUCGCUCAAACAGAUCUACAGCGUCAACACCCUCAACCUCCCCAUGGUGGCGCUGUCGUUUGGCUUCAAAGUUCCUCCAUAUGUUGAUCUGAACGUCCACAGCAGUAAAGGUGUAAAGCUGCAGAAGAGAGGUGGCGGCGGUGGUUUUGGAUACCAGAAGUCCAACAAAGUCCAAAAAUCCAAAUUCUUCAAGCAUGUCAACAAAGGGAAGGGUGACAAGAGGCAGUUCUCCCGCUGAACUAAACCCUGGACUGAUUCCUCUUCUGUGUUUUUGAAGAAUUGCCCCUUUUUAAUAAAUGACAUGAACUUCCUGCUUUGAACCGGGUGCUAUAGUAUGUCAGAUGUAGCGCACAUUUGCCCCAGACAUUUAGACCUGUGUUCCUUCUAGGAAAUAUGUCAAAGUAUCUUGUAAAUGUAAACAAACAUUAUGGAUGCUGAAGAAUUCCUUGUGUGGACGUCCUGUUCAAACCAAUGCUCACUUUUCUAAUAUGUUCAAUUCCCCUGACUGGGUUAUUAAAUCUAUCGACUUUAAAUAUUAGUUUUCUUUAUUCAUAUUGUGUAGACCGAAGUACAAUGAAAUGACUUGAUGUGCUACUUUUUAUAAAGGUUUUCAUGUUUAUUACAGCAGCUUUACAUUCCCGCAGAGCUAAAAGACUCUUGCUACACCUUGUCAGAUUACAGCAACAAAAAAACAACUGCCAGUAUCCGUUACCAUUUCUCUAUUAUCCAAGAUCCAAAGUUAUAUUUUACAACACUUUAAAGUUACAAAUGUAUCCAUCAGAAAUCAAUACAGUCACCAAAUGUUCCCUUUAAAUAAAACACCUGAAUAAAUGUAACUUAAUUAUCUUUGUUCUGAAGUUUAAGUGAACUUUCAUCAGUGGAUGUGUAUGAUUUAAGUGUUUAAAUGGAUGGGUUUUAUGUGUGGACAGAUCUGAUAAGGGGUUUCUUUAGUCACAGCAGUGACUGAACUUCACUCAAGUCAUUUUUUAAAAUUACUUUCCCUUU